GCCGGUUUUGGAGACAAAGCGAACUGCUCUCGCUCUCGACUGACCUGAAACCCUAGAAAAGCCUCCGUCUUACGAUUUUACUAGCCCCCCCGUUUGCACCAUCUCUUCGCCGCCGCUGCCGCCGAUCGGGAUUCAUGGCUCCUAAGAAGGAUAAAGCUCCUCCUCCGUCUUCAAAGCCUGCGAAAUCUGGCGGUGGCAAGCAGAAGAAGAAGAAGUGGAGCAAGGGGAAGCAGAAGGAGAAGGUGAACAACAUGGUGCUGUUCGACCAGGCGACCUACGACAAGCUUCUCUCCGAGGCACCGAAGUACAAGCUCAUCACACCUUCCAUUCUCUCCGAUCGCUUGAGGGUAAAUGGUUCUCUAGCAAGGAAGGCUAUAAGAGAACUGAUGGCGAGAGGUCUGAUCAGGAUGGUUUCUGCUCAUGCCAGCCAGCAGAUCUACACUAGGGCUACAAACACAUAGAUGUUUCGUAAUUUGGUCUCACUUCCAGUUGGUGCUGUACUUUGCCAUUCUUUUUAUGGUUGUGUUAAGACUUUUUAGAGCGUGAUCCUUGAUACUCUGAUUUAACAUGCAUCGUUUGGAUUUUCCUUGUUGAUGUGCUGUGCUUAUGGAAUUCUCUGAAUGAUUUGGAAUUGAAUUGGCAAUUUGGGGUCA